AUGUCAGCCGCCCUCCAACGCGUCUCGAACAUCAUCUCCCUCUCCAUCUCGCAUCUCACGCUCAAUCCCGCCGUCACAGCCUCCCUACUGUACGUAUUGACAAAGGGGCCUGAUAGCCUCCGCGCAAGACUCACGGACCGCUUCGCUGUUCUCCGCGACCCCUCUCGCCAUGCAACCAUCGUCCGCGUCCUGAAAUGGUGCCUUACCCUCGGCCUCCUCAAGACUGUAAACAAAACCCUAAACCACCUCGCGCUCAACAACUACCGCCUCAAGUCCGUGUCGGCACAAUGGAAUUGGGACAAGGAGAUUGCUGUCGUGACAGGCGGCUGCAGCGGCAUCGGGGCUUUGAUCGUAAAGCGGUUGGUCAGUCGCGGCGUCACAGUCGCAAUUCUGGACGUCCAGCAACUCCCCGCUGACUUUCAAGGCUACGCGCAUAUCCGGUUCUACAGCUGCGACAUCACCGACCCUUCGGCCGUCGCGGACGCAGCAAGCAGGAUCAAGAAAGAAUUGGGAAGUCCGAGUAUUCUCGUCAACAAUGCGGGGAUACUCUCGGCGCACACGAUUCUCGCUACGCCCCACGAGUAUCUGCGCAAGAUCUUCGAUGUUAAUGUGCUGAGUAACUGGACCACGGUGCAGGCGUUCCUGCCAGAUAUGCUUGCGCAGAACAAAGGCCAUGUUGUCACGGUGGCCAGCUCAGCGAGCUAUGUCAGCGUAGCGGGCAUGACGGACUACUGCGCGACCAAGGGCGCGGUACUGGCGUUCCACGAAGGUCUAAACCAGGAGUUGAGACUGUCGUACAAUGCCCCCGCCGUCCUCACAACCUCCGUCCACCCCGCCUGGGUCCGCACACCGCUCCUCGCGCCCGUGGAGCAGGAGCUCAAGAAGCGCGGCGCCGUGAUCAUGGAGCCGACCGACGUUGCGGACGCAGUGGCCAAGCAGGUAUUUAGCUGUCGCGGUGCGCAGGUAUUCCUACCCGGGACCGCGGGCAAGAUUGCGUGGAUUCGCGCGCUGCCGAACUGGGUGCAGGAGAGAGUUCGGACGGGGGUUUCGAGGACGAUUACCGAGAGUGUGGAGAUUGGGGGGAUGUAG